CUAGCUGUUUUGGUGAUGUGCGUUCAUCAUCACGUGUGCGGGAGCUCAAUGAUCCUGGGACUUUGGUUGUCAUGGUGUGAAGCUCCACCCUGGAAAGAGACGAUACACAAACAAAGUGAUGCUCAAAAGCUGAAAGAUAUGAAUCACUGGAGGAGAAAAGUUCAUAAACACAGAGAUCAGAAACCCAUUGGAAGUAUGCUCAAGUGGACUCUGUUGCUGGUGUGUGUGAGUGUGUGUCUGGGUCAGAAUCCCAUCAACACCGACCCGGGAGAAGAAACAGAACUGACCUCUGAUCAUCAUGACCGCAUCACACUGAAACAAACCUAUGCUCAAUUGAUGAAGAACAGCAACAAACUGGGUGUGUUCAUCGCUGCUGCUGCAGGAACUCUGACGCUGAUGGCUGUGGUUUACUGCAUCUACAACCAUUUCUACUCCAAGAACAUUUAUUCACACACUCAGCUACAUGAAUCUGAUAUCGCUCUGGAUCUGAGCAGCUCGUCCUCGUCGGUGUUUUCGGGUUAUGUGAUGGAGGGAUGGAUGCAUCAGAGGAUGGAGAAAGGCGGAGGGAGUUACGGCUCUCUCUCUGACACUCCUUCAAUAAUCACUCUCCCUCCUCCUCUUUCACCUCCUCAGCGAGCGUCUCCCUUUCACUCGCUCUCUCUGUCCAGACCGCCGCCUCUGAGAACUAUUUCAGCCCAGGAUCUGGAGAAGAGCUUCCUCUGAGACCGUCCACACACCCGCUGUGACUCUUCCUUUGUGUGUGUGUGUGUGUGUGUGUGUGAGAGGGUUCAAUUUACAGCUGCAUGCAAAAGUGGCAUGACCUCUGACACAUUAUACGGCUUUUAUAACCUCUGCUGCAAACAAUAACCUCUCCAGAUUACAAUGCAGGGCUGCUGUUACUUUGCUGAAUGUAAAAUUCUUUAAAGAUUUCAUGAUAUGAAUGUUCUAUUCUAUUCUAUUCUAUUCUAUUCUAUUCUAUUCUAUUCUA